AUGUUCUCCUCCGCAUUCAGAAAGCAGGCGCUCAGAGCCGCCAGAGCCACCAGACUCCAGUCCACCUUCGCCGUCCCGGAAAAGCAGAUGGGCGUCAUCUUCGAGACCCACGGCGGGCCUUUGGAGUACAAGGAGAUCCCCGUGCCAACCCCCAAGCCAACAGAGAUCCUCAUCAACGUCAAGUACUCCGGGGUGUGCCACACAGACUUGCACGCCUGGAAGGGCGACUGGCCGCUCGCCGCCAAGCUCCCGCUCGUCGGAGGCCACGAGGGCGCCGGUAUCGUCGUCGCCAAGGGCUCGGCGGUGCGCAACUUCGAGGUCGGCGACCUCGCCGGUAUCAAGUGGCUUAACGGCUCCUGCAUGUCGUGCGAGUUCUGCGAACAGGGCGACGAGUCCAACUGCGAGCAGGCAGACUUGUCCGGCUACACGCACGACGGGUCCUUCCAGCAGUACGCCACCGCAGACGCCAUCCAGGCCGCCAAGCUGCCCAAGGGCACCGACCUCGCCGAGGUCUCCCCCAUCUUGUGUGCCGGUGUCACCGUCUACAAGGCCUUGAAGACCGCCGACCUCAGAGCCGGCCAGUGGGUCGCCAUCUCCGGUGCCGCCGGCGGCUUGGGCUCCCUCGCCGUCCAGUACGCCAAGGCCAUGGGUCUCAGAGUGCUCGGCAUCGACGGCGGAGACGCCAAGAAGGGCUUGUUCGAGCAGAUGGGCGGUGACGUCUUCAUCGACUUCACCAAGUACCCAAGAGAGGACCCAGCCAAGAUGAUCGCCGACAUCAAGGCCGCCACCAACGGUCUCGGCCCGCACGGUGUCAUCAACGUCUCCGUCUCCGAGGCCGCCAUCUCCCAGUCCUGCGAAUACGUCCGUUCCACCGGUAAGGUCGUCCUCGUCGGUCUUCCAGCAGGCGCUGUCUGCAAGUCCGAGGUCUUCCAGCACGUCGUCAAGUCCCUCCAGAUCAAGGGCUCCUACGUCGGUAACAGAGCAGACACCAGAGAGGCCCUCGAGUUCUUCUCCGACGGCAAGGUCAAGUCUCCAAUCAAGAUCGUCGGCUUGUCCCAGCUCCCAGAGGUCUACUCCUUGAUGGAACAGGGCAAGAUCUUGGGCAGAUACGUCGUCGACACCUCCAAAUAG